GUAAUCAAUGACGAAUUCGUAGCAAGAGACUAUCAGGAUGAGCUUCUACCUCUGGCUGUCCAAAACAAUUGUAUUAUUUAUCUUCCGACCGGUUCUGGAAAGACAUUUCUUGCAACUAUGAUUAUUAAACACUUUGGUGCUGAUAUUGAGAAGAAAUUAUCGGAGGGUGGAAAGCGAGCUUUUUUCCUGGUGAAUACAGUACAGUUGGUGGAGCAACAGGCUCAAUCAAUUAAACGCCAAACAACAUUCACUGUUGGAGAAUACACCGGCCAGACAGGUUGUGAUCUCUGGUCCGAACAAAUUUGGAAAAGGGAACUGGAUAAUAAAUCGGUAAUCGUGAUGACAUCACAGAUAUUGCUCAAUUUGCUCAGCCACAGUUAUUUGAAGUUGUCAAACAUUCGUAUUAUUGUUUUUGACGAGUGUCAUAACGCAGUCAAGGACCACCCCAUGCGUUGCAUCAUGAAGUUUUUCGAAAAUGUGCCUGCGUCACAGCAGCCCCAUGUGGUGGGCCUGACCGGGUCUCUGCUCAAUUCCACCAUCGACGAAGGAAAAGUGAACGAGUAUAUUCGUGAAUUGGAAGCAACUUUCCUGAGCAGGAUCAUCACUUCCGUCAAUGAAAACAUGGCUCUUGCCAUUGCGAGGUAUUCCACUGAUCCACAACAAGAGAUGGUUGCAUUUUCUCCUGGAACCCAUAUGAGAAGUGAAUUAUGCACAAGCAUCAAUAUUGUGUUGGAUUCAGCUAUAAGGAAUGUUACUCUAUUCAAUUUGAAAAUGGAAGAGGACUUUGUACCUCUGAAGCCGUCCAUACAUGCGAUUGCAAUGGAGGAGAAUAAUAAAUUGAACAAGAAACUGGCCAACAUGAUCGUCGAUAUCAAGUAUCAAAUGGAGAAUCUGGGAGCAUAUGGAGCUUACAAGGCUGCUCUAGCAAUGAUGAUUCUGCUAGAACGAAAAAAAAGAUCGGCGCAACUUCGAAAACAUGCGGCUGCUUUCCAGUACCUUUGCACUAUGUUGACUCUUGUAAG